UCCUCCCACCUUUCCCCAACACGUACCGUCUCAGCCGAGCUCCUCCUGCUCCACGCCCACCGGCUCGGCAGAGCACUGCACUGCACUGCCAUUUCACCGAGGCCUGCUUCUUGCAUUGGGAGCUGCUCAAGGCUUCGCUCUUGAUGGAGAGGUGGGCGGUGCCCAAGGGGACGGCUGGUCCGGCGAGGCGGUACGGCGCCGACCAGCCGUCGUUCUCGUCCACGCUGCUCGACGCGAUAUACAAGUCGAUGGACGAGCCGGGCCACGGUGACGCUGGGGUGGAGGCGGUGGCAGCAGCUGCGGCUGCUUCCGCCGCUAAGAAGCAGCACGAGGCCUUGCACUAUGGUUACUACUACAAGCCGUCGCUGGCGGGGAGCUACCGGGCGCGCGCGCCGGGCCCGCACGCCACGACGUCGAGCUCGUCGGAGUGUUCCAGCUAUGGUGGGUUCUCGUCGUCCGAGGCGGAGUCGUCGCACCACCGACGCCUCCGCCCCAUCCGUACGACUGUACCCGGUGGGGCGCCGGCGCCCGCGCCGGAGAAGAAGACCAAGAAACCGGGGGCAUCCAUCCGGGCCAAGCUCAGGGACCUCCGCAAGCCGGCUUCCCCCGGCGCGCGCCUGGCCGGCUUCCUCAACUCCAUCUUCGCCGGGAAACGCGCGCCGGCCACGCCGCCCUCGGCCGCGGCCGGUGGCGAGUCCGCGUGCUCGACGGCGUCGUCCUACUCCCGCUCCUGCCUGAGCAAGACGCCGUCGACGCGGGGGCAGGCGAAGCGCACCGUGCGGUUCUUGGACAGCGACACCGAGUCCCUCGCGUCGUCGACGGUGGUCGACCGCCGAAGGGUGCCCGUGGAGGCGGUGCAGCAGAUGCUGCUCCAGCGGAUGGAGAUGGAGAGCGACGAGGACGACGACGAGAGCAGCGACGCGAGCUCCGACCUCUUCGAGCUCGAGAACUUCGCCGCCAUUGCUCCCGCCGGCGCCGCGUACCGUGACGAGCUGCCGGUGUACGAGACGACCAGAGUGGCGCUGAAUCGCGCCAUUGGCCAUGGGUAUGGCCAUGGACGGAGCGCUAGAGUUGUCUGAUUAUUUUGCUUGGAAUCAAACCGGCCGGGAGGGGUAACUGUAAAAUGGCGGUGUAGUAACUGUAAAAUGCAAUUAGUUUGGGAUAAGUGUUCUUCCUUUCCUUUUUGAUCUCUGGUGUUUUCUUAGAGAUUUCCUAUUGUUCUGAAGGUGAUGUGUUCAAUGUGUUCUUAGGGUAGUUUUAACCGUGGUAAAUCAGCAGUAACAUGGUUAGGUUCUCAUGACGUGUCUCUUUUCCCUCUGUUUUUCUCCCGGUUUAUAAAGCAAACGCUCAG